AACUGCCGUAAGCGUAUAAUGAUUAUUUAAUUUGAAAUCUUAAUUAUUCAGUAUCAAUACUAUUUAUUUUGGAUUUUGAUUCAGAAUACAUUAAAAAGAAAAACCUUCCUUAAAAUACACGCAGGAAGAAAGAAAAAUGAGCUCCUCGAGUGCUAGUACUCGACGAUCAAGUAUUGAAAGAAGUCACUAUGGUCGAGCAAUACGUAAAAUAGAGCCGUACCAAGUGAGGCCUUGCAAAAGAAAACAUCCAGAAAAGUUGGAAAGGAAAGAUCUCAAAGUUGCCAAAGUGGAGAAGCAAAACAAAAAAACUAUUGCAAGUACUCGACGAACAAGAGCAAGUAGUAAAAGAAGUCAUUAUGGUCGAGCAAUACGUAAAAUAGAGCCCUACCAAGUGAUGCCUUGUAAAAGGAAACAUCUCAAAAUUGCAAAAGUGGAGAAGCAAAGCAGGAAAGUGCUCAGAGCCUCUUCAAAGACGGAUUCCUUUGGGCAGAGUGAGUUGCACAGAGCAGCGUUUGUAGGAGACACAGAAAGUGUGAAGAAGCUGCUGGCAAGAGGAUUCAACUACUAUCUACGAGAUAAAGAGGGUAAGACGCCCCUACACAUUGCUCUGCUUGGCAGCAAAAAGGCAGUAGCUGAGCUCCUGGUAGAUGGUGGCUGCACAAGGAAUGUCCUAGAUAGAAAUGGCAGCACUCCUUUGCAUCUAGCUGCAUAUAAUGGAUAUGAUGGAAUAGUGAAAAAGCUGUUAGAAGCCGGUGGAGACACGCGUAUGCCAGAUAAGUGGGGAAAUACGCCUGUGCUCUGCGCUCUAAAUUCUAGGGAGGAGGCUUCUGCAGAGCUUCUUGUGGACAUGGACGUCACUAAUAAUAUCCCAGGUAUUGAUGGCUGCACUCCUCUGCAUCGCGCUGCAUAUCUGGGGUACGAGGGAGUAGUCUGGAAGCUGCUGACUGCAGGAGCAGACACUCGUGUGCACGACAGAAGGGGACACACGCCCCUGCACCGCGCUCUGUUGCGCAGGAUGGGUCAGGUACAUAGGAAUGAGGCUGUAGCAGAGCUCCUGGUGGACGUGGACUGCACAAAUGACAUUCCAGAUUUUCACUUUGGCAAAACUCCUCUGCAUCUCGCAGCAGGGAGAGGAUUUAUUGGAACAGUGAGGAAAUUACUUUUUGGUCAUGUGCAUCCCCAUAUGAAAGAUUCUAUGGGAGGCUAUCCCCUUUGCGCUGCUUUUUAUGGAGGACACCACGAUGUCGUGAAAGUGAUCCUGGAGGCAUGUGCGUUGAGAGACAUCGAGAUCGACUGGAAGCAGGUUUCGCUCCCGAAGGAUCAUAUUCGGCACUACAUCACUCUGCUUUCUGAGUGCGAAGCCGAGAUGCAGAGGAUGAGAGUUACCCGGGUUCACGAGUCAAGGCUGUCCUUCUACGACGUCGUCAAGCGACAUGUGUGCCGUGUCACCCCGUAUCUUCGUAUCGACAGCAUCGUCCAUGUCUUUGCCAGCAGUUUUCAACUGAUGCUGGACUUUCCCCACUAUGCCGACUUCAUUGCACACAAACUGGGGUGUGCCAAGAAGAGGAGGGCCCUCGCCAACAGGUGUGUGGCAUGCUUCUCCCUCCCGGCCUGGAAGUUGCCUCCCCUGCCACCGACGGUCACAGACAUCCUGUUUCUCUGUCUCAGUGACAGCGACAUGCGAAACUUCAUUUGUGCUGUUGAUGGCAAGUCUUGAAAAAUCCCUUAUUGCUACUCCCAGAACGUAUUAUCGCUAAAUAACUUUUCUAUUUAACCUACAAACUAUUUGCGGGAUUGCAACCACUGAUUCCUCCUAUUAUUGCAACUUUCACCGGUAAAGGUGAACUUUUGCUGCAUAUGUGCUUCAGACUCUCUGCCGAUAUCCUCAUAUGCUGAGUUUGUGUUCAGAGUUUUCAAGUGCUACAGAGAUGAGUCUCAUAAGUUCGUGUCACAUGUGUGAAUGUUUUUCUAUUUGCUGUGUUUCUGCUGCUUUGAAGUCCAUCUGCCCCAACGGAACUGAUGCGCUCCUUCGGCAUUCUGUAUUUCCCUCGGCACCUAUCCAGAAACAGUUGUUGAAAUUCAACGGCUUUCCUCACUGGAAGAUGUGAACAUUUUCCGUUGGAAAUUGCAAUUGACUUUGAAAAGUACAAAACUUUUCUUUUUGUGCGUGUGAAAUGGACAGACUACCACAUCAUGUGUGAUUUCUUCUGCCAGAUUGAUUUGUUUAAAAAGUUCCAUUGGUAUUAUUUAACGAAUGUAUUAUGAAAAAUCUUGCAUGCUCUUCAUUAAUAAUUCUUAUUGAAGCAUAUUUAACAUAUAUACUUUUGUGCAAUGUAUGAUAUUUUGUCAUAUUGCAUGUAUCGAUUUUAAUAAUAACGUUUCAUGGUAAAAUAUGCUGAUGUAAACAUUCAAACAUUGCUUUUUAAUUAUGAUACUGCUACUGUUCUUGCUCGGUUUCGUGUGAGUAGGUUAUUUGGAUAAGCUUUUAAAUGAUGCUAAAAAUAACUAGUAUAUUGAGGUGUGGCCGUCAUGAAACUUGCUUCUGUAUCUUUCUUAUGAACUUUGAUCCCUCUCCGUGCCUGACGAGGAAGCAAUAUUGCCAAAAUAAAAAAUAUGUAGAGGAAAGUAGGGGUUUGCAGGCUUCCAGAAAUCAGUUUGUCAUAAAGGAACAAAAUUUUGCAUAAGUAUGCACUACUUAUCUAUUAAUGCAACCACAGUUUCAAAACCAUAAGUGUUUUUUUUUUUAAUUUUUAUUAAUUUUUUUUGUAAAAAAAGGUCAUUUCACCCGGUUUUGGCCCACUAGUGGGAUUCUAGCAUUGUAACAUUUUUCAGAGUUUAUUUCGCAAAAAUAUUCAUUAAAAAGGAUCCAUGUUUCAGAACAUCGAUGUUUUUGGUUCGAUGUAUCGAUACCAUCGAUGUUUUAAUUUUGAACAUCCAUCUUUUGUAGCAUCAAUGUUUUUUUCAUCCACGUCGCACCACUAGUUAAUGGAUUUGAGGAAACUUUACAAAUAAUACAGGCUUAUAGGAAUUUCCUCGAUUUAAGUCGCCAUUUUAAAAACAUUUUUUCAUCACGUGGGAUCAGUUGGGGUAAUGGGAGACAAAAUUUCAAUGUUUCAACUUUAUAUCCUACCCAUAGCGGCAACCAAAUUUUUCAUCACAUUACUAUUGAAAUUUAUAUAGUUAAUAAAAUUCUAUUUUAUUCUUAUAUCCUGAUGGUUGUUGUUACAAUAGGUUAUUUAAAUGAGGAGAUGUAACCUUAAGUGCAUUAAAAUGAACAAAUGUAAAAGGUGAAAUUUCUAUUAAAUAAAGAAAACA